AUGGAGAAGCGGCAGACCAUGCUGCUGCCAGGUCUGGCCAACCAUCCGGCGGUGGGCCGGCUCGACCUGCGCUUCUGGGGCAGCGGCUCCGAGUCACAGAUCAGCCGCGGCCCACUCGGCUGCGGCUUCCCCGUCGUGGGCGACCACCCGUGGCUGGUGGCGCUCGGCUUCACAGGACCCGACGGCCGCAUCGUCUUUUCGUGCUCGGGCGCGCUCAUCAGCGACCAGCACGUGGUCACGUCGGCCCGCUGCGCACUCGGUACCCGUGGCUACACGCUCAGCACGGUCAGAUUGGGCGAGUACGACUUUAGUAGCCGGCGAGAUUGUGUCUGGUACGACCCGACCCUGCGCACGGAGGCCAGGGACGUGGCCGUCCACUCGCUCACCGUGCACCCCGACUUUGUCAACCGCCAGCGGAGCACCACCACGCACGUGAUGGACGAAGAGAAGCUAGCUGUGUACAACACCAGCUACUAUGGCCCGGAGCCGUGCCAGUACCGGCUGCUGUCGGAGGCGGACGGCGAGCCAAACCGCUGUCUAGGCUCUGGCACGCCGUGCGUGACUGACCUGGGCGCGCCCCUGGUGGCCCCCGACCAGUUCGGCUCGGCCUUCUUCCUGAUGGGCGUGGCCAGCAUGCCGCCGACGCAGAAAGAGUCCUGCCUGCCGGGAGCAUAG